CAGUUCAGCUACUUUUCUGAACCAAAAUUACCUUCUACUAACAUAAACUGCAAAUUGAUCCAUAUACUAGACCGCGUGAGUAAUUGACAUAACCAAAUUCUGUACAAGAAAGCCAAUGGAAAGUUCAUUAUUCUGCAACCAAAAUGCAGUUGGAAAUUUAUCAAAAUUUCAAGAAACAGUUAAGGAUAUUAUUGUUAACCGUCGUAAUUCUCCCUCCACCUGCUCAUUUCCAUCUGCUCUUACCCCUCCAACCUUGAAAACUUCACUUCCUUUUCUUUCUUCAUUUUCUUCUUGUUCAUUCAGAUUGAAUUGUUACCGUAAAGAUGAUGAACAUCUAUCCACUUCUUUGGCUUAUGAUGUUCUUGGUUUAGCCCCUGAUUGUACUCCAGCCGAACUCAAGGCUGCUUUUCGCGCCAAAGUUAAAGAGUAUCAUCCUGAUGUCAGACAAGAUAAGGGAAGCUCAGAUAUGAUGAUUCGUCGUGUAAUUAAAGCAUAUGAGAUAUUAUCGAACUGCAGCAGGUCAGAAAUUAUUGAGAGGGAAUGUAUGGACCCAUUCGAUGAACCAGAAUGUGAAGCAUUUGAUGUAUUUGUUAAUGAGGUUCUUUGUGUUGGAAAAGGCUGUCCAUAUUCAUGUGUUAAGAGAGCACCUCAUGCAUUUGAGUUUUCUUCUUUAACAGGAACUGCUCGUGCAACUUCUCAAGGACAUGGCAAAGAUUAUCAAGUGCAGAGUGCAGUUGGCCAGUGCCCCAUGAGUUGUAUUUACUUUGUUACACCUUCUCAGCGAAUCAUUCUGGAAGAGCUACUUGAUAGCAUCAUUGGUGCACCAUAUGAUACUUCAGCAGAGGCAGACUUGCUUUAUUCUCUCAUUGUGAAGGCCAAAUUUGAAAACAAUCGGUACCGAAAGCCCAAGCAACAGCCGAAGGUCUCCACCAAACAUGUAGAUUGGUUUUGAUCAUCUGCACCACGGCUGUUUGGAAAUUACUUAGAAGUGCUAUAACAACUCAUGCUUGUCAUUUGGCAAAGAAUGUAGCGCGAGGACGUCUAAGUUAGCGAGCAGAAUUUACAAUUUUACACAUCUAAUGGCUGCCUAGUUUCUUACAGGCUUCUGAAAUGCCAUCAGAAAACGAGCAGUUUGCCAUCAAGGAACGCUGUCUGAAACACUAGAGUGCCAUUUUUCUUAUAUACAGGAGUGACUAAAGUUUGCUUACU